CUCUCUCAGCUGCUACUGCGGCACACACCUCCUCCUCCUCCUCCUACAUUGCUGUCUGUUGCACUCGUUUUUCUCUCUAUCCUGCACUCUCUUCUUCCCUCUAUUCUCCUUCUCCUCCUCCUACGUCGCUGUCUGCACUCGUUCUUCCCUCUAUCUCUUCUUCUUCCCUCUAUCCCGCGCUCUCUUCUUCUUCCUCUUCUCUCUAUCCUGCACUCUCUUCUGCCUCCCUCUAUUCUCCUCCUCCUCCUCCUCCUACGUCGCUGUCUGCACUCGUUCUUCUCUCUAUUCUUCUUCCCUCUCUUCUCCUGCCACAGCCGCCAGUGUUUCUCUUCCUCUUCCUCUUCCUCAUCCUCCUCUUCUCCUCUACGCAGCUUAUUACACACACCACGCACACGCGCGCCGCACACACACACUCAAACACACACGCUCGAGCAAACACACACACACGCAGCAGCCGGCACGAUGCCGAGGGUGGACGCGGACCUCAAGUUGGACUUUAAGGACGUGCUGGUCAGACCCAAGAGGAGCAGCCUCAAGAGCCGCUCAGAGGUGGACCUGCAGAGGACCUUCACAUUCCGCAACUCCAAACAGACCUACAAUGGCGUCCCCAUCAUCGCCGCCAACAUGGACACCACCGGCACCUUCCAGAUGGCACAGGUCCUCAGCAAGCAUACGCUCUUCACAUGUAUGCAAAAACACUACUCCCUAGACGACUGGAAGAAGUUUGCUGCCGACCACCCAGAAUGCUUAGAGCAUGUGGCAGCCAGUUCUGGCAGCGGUAAGGACGACCUGGAGCGCCUGAGCGGGAUCCUGGAGGCGGUGCCACAGGUGCGCUACAUCUGUCUGGACGUCGCCAACGGAUACUCGGAACACUUCGUGGACUUUGUCAGGAGGGUCCGGGAGAGGUUCCCAACACACACCAUCAUGGCUGGUAACGUGGUGACAGGAGAGAUGGUGGAGGAACUGAUUCUCACCGGAGCCGACAUCAUCAAAGUCGGCAUCGGACCAGGAUCGGUGUGCACGACGCGGAUCAAGACCGGCGUGGGCUACCCACAGCUGAGCGCCGUCAUCGAGUGUGCAGACUCCGCCCACGGACUCAAGGGACACAUCAUCUCAGACGGUGGCUGCAGCUGCCCCGGUGAUGUGGCCAAAGCCUUUGGUGCUGGUGCUGACUUCGUGAUGCUGGGGGGCAUGUUGGCGGGUCAUGACCAGUGUGCCGGCGAGGUCAUCGAGAAGGAUGGCAAGAAGUACAAGCUGUUCUACGGCAUGAGCUCCGACACCGCCAUGAAGAAAUAUGUAGGGGGCGUCGCCGAGUACAGGGCGUCGGAGGGCCGCACGGUGCAGGUUCCGUACAGGGGCGACGUGGAGGACACCCUGCGUGACAUCAUGGGGGGGCUGCGCUCUACGUGCACUUACGUGGGGGCCGCCAAGCUGAAGGAGCUGAGCAGGAGAACCACCUUCAUACGCGUCACCCAGCAGUCCAGCCAGAUGUUCACCUAGUCACACACACACACACACACACACACACACACACACACACACACACACACACACACACACACACACACACACACACACACACACACACACACACACACACACACACAGCAGUCCAGCCAGAUGUUCACCUAGUCACACACACACACACACGCACGCACGCACGCACACACACACACACACACACACACACACACACACACACACACACACACACACACACACACACACACACACACACACAGCAGUCUGGCCAGAUGUUCACCUAACCUACUCGCAUACAAUAUCUAUUGUAAUAUAAAUACACACACAUGCACACACACAUUCACACACAGCUCACACAAAUACAAAUGUACUGGCACUCAAAUGGGCCCAAAGACACAUACACAUACAAGCAGUGUUCAUGAAUGUACACACAUUACACAAGCAUAGAUACACACACACUGAUAAUAGACUUGCCUUGUUUUUUUCCUGCAUUAAGGUUUGAAUUCUUUGUUUUCAAAACUGCUACUUGAACAUUCUAUGAAUAUCACGCACACACACACACACACACACACACACACACACACACACACACACACACACACACACACACACACACACACACACACACACACACACACACACACACACACACUAUGGGCAAUAAGUUGUUUCAUGACCCAGGCACUGGUGUUGGUGUGCAUGUUGUGAAAUAUAUAAAGCCAUAAAUACUGUUCCACCCUCUCAGGACACACAAUAUAUUAUAGUUAAUAUAUUAUAUUAUGUAAUAUUUAUAUUAUAUAAUAGUUAAUAUAUUAUAUUGUAAUAUUUCAAUAUAUUAUAAUAGUUAAUAUAUUAUAUUAUGUAAUAUUUCCUGCUGCUAUCAUGUCUAACUACAAUGCUUUACGCUACUGUGAAACAAUGUUCUGGCCUGUUUCUCAAAGGCACCAUUGGCUAACAGUCAACAGUUAAGUAGAUUGCUAAUGGCAAAUUGCAUUGCAACCAAGUAAGAUGCUAACCUAGUUAGCAACGACUCUGUCAAGAAACACAGCCCAGGCGUGCGUUUCUCGAAAGCAUAGUUGUUAGACAGCUAACAACUUUUGGUAGUUUCAUUGUAAACAACAAAGUAGCUGACAUAUUUAGCAACUAUGGCUUCGAUAAAUGCACCCCUGCACUUCAGCAUGGCUAGCCAAACCCCUAAAAAGUCAAGUUAUACAUGGCACUACCAGUAUUAGCAUAGCAUUAUAGCUAAGCUAACCAGUCAUACUGUGAGGCUCACCAAGCAACAAAAGCGCUGGAAAUAAUCAACUUGUGCAACAGGGGAGAAGUUCAACUUCAGCGAAAGUGAUGAUAUAUGACACAUUUCAACGACAACUGCGACAACCAGUCAGAAUUUCGGAAUGCUUGCAUUCCACUUUGGAUCUGUCUUACAAAGCCGCUUUUGACGCUUUUGUCGCUAGUGGUCUGAAAUUGUCCAGCGAUGUUUUCUGAGCUCCAUUUGCCUCUUUUGGUCUGUUCAGGACUGAGUCUUAGAUGCGUUGGCAUGACUAGCAAAACCCUUUAAUUC